CUGAUCACUCCAGUUCUGCAACAACUUCUGCGUCCUUUACGUCUGUGACUCCUGAGGUUGUUACUACCACUACUCUGUCCACCUCGAUCUCUGGGACAACACCCAGCACACAGAGGAGUACCUACACCACAGUCCCGGUUGUCUCCACUAGCUCGACCACUGUUAUAAGCAUCACCCCUACCCCAACAUCUACUGCUCCAGCAACCACACCAAUGAUCUGCUUAAAUGGAGGGACGUGGGAUGGGAAGACCUGUAUUUGCCUCACCGGUUUCCAAGGAGACCAGUGCCAGCAAGAGAUCAUGCUCUGCCAGAAUGGAGGCUACUGGGAUGGAAUCAAGUGCGUGUGCUCUGGCCUCUUCCAGGGGCCAAAGUGCGAGGACGUAGUCCCGAGCAUUGAGAUAGAGCCUCCGCCGGAGACCGUCUCUGCCCAGGUAGACAUGACCGUGACAGUGACCAGUGUGGAGUUUACCAAAGAACUAGAAGACCGGACUUCCGUAGCAUUCAAAAAAUUCAGUGACAUAUUCGAAGAAGAGAUGGAAACUGUUUAUAAAGGAAUCCCUGAGUAUGAUGGAGUCAACAUCACAAAGCUGUCUGCUGGCAGUGUGGUGGUGGAACAUGAAAUCCGCCUGAAGGCCAAGUUCACCCCAGAAUACAAGGAAGUUUUGGAUAAGGUCACCCAGCAGGUGACAGAAAAAAUCCAGAAUGUAACCAAAGAACAAAUAAGCAUAAAUAAUACCUGCAAAAGCAAACUGUGUUUCAACACGACUGCCACUAAGGUGCAAAACAUCACAGUUACCCAAUACGACCCUGAAAAGGAAUGCCAGAAGAAGGCUGGGGCAGAAUAUGCUGCCUACUUCUUCGUGGAGUACAAGAAUCUGAAACCAAACUGCAUCAGCCGCUGCAUGCCAGGCUUCAACCAGUCCAUGGACUGCCACUUUGGGAAGUGCCAGCUAGAGACGAAUGGUCCUCGGUGUUACUGCCUGAACACAGACACUCACUGGUACAGUGGAGAAACCUGUGAGUUCAGCACCAAGAAGAACCUGGUGUUUGGGUUGGUGGGGGCAGGCUUCGCCGUGGUGCUAGUCGCCCUUGCUGUUCUCUUGCUGUUCAUGUUCCGUUCCAAGAAAGAGGUGAACAGGCAAAAGUAUAAAGUGACUCAGUUGUACAAGUGGCAUGAAGAAGAUGGAGGACCGGAACCUGGGACCUUCCAAAACAUUGGCUUUGACAUCUAUGAAGAUCAAGAGGACUCCAUCCACUUGGACACCAUUUAUAAUAACUUCCAACCCUCCUUGGACCACAUAGACUCUGAAACAAAGAUCAAAAUUCAGAGGCCCCAUGUGAUGAUGACAUCGAUUUAAGGCAAAGGCAGUUUCACGUGGAGCUGGGAGUGAGGAAAUCUCACUUUGGCUAAGCCUGGUGGAACAUUUCCCCAUUGAGAGCAUUCCAUGGAACCUGAUGAAAACAAAACCCGCACCAAGGAGGAACAGGAGAGAGACCACAAUGCUGGCAAACUCUCAAAACACCAUGGAGAAACUCCUGUGGGCUUGUCAUGAUCUCAGGCGAGGCCCUCCUGUUCACACAGGGAAGUUCUUCCUCCCUCCUGCCUUGCUUCAGCACCAAGGACAGCACCCAAACCCAACAGCUUGCAGUGGUGCUCACUUAAACACGGAACUGAACUUUACAUUUUACAAAACACUCUUGCAAGAUUUAUUGCCCUUCAUCUUCAUGAAAAACAUGCUUUAAA